UGCUCGACAGCCCGACAAGCCCGCCAACAGUCAUUCCCUCUCCCUCGGACGAAAAUGCAUCCUCUCCUGCCCUUCGUUCUGGGUUGUCUGGGUCUCCUCAACGUGAAUGUCGCCGUCGGACGAUUGAUCGGCGGCGAAUUCUCGGCGGAGGCAUCUCUGGUCCGCUACUGGAUCAAAGAGAUCCGAGGCGAAUCUCCCAGAUCAGAGUUUCUCCUCUCCAAGGCGUCGCCUCUCAACGCCGUCGACUCCGCCACUUUCGCCAAACUCGCCGCCCGGAACUCUCUCUCGACCCGCCUGCCUGAGUUCUGCUCUGCCGCCAAGCUCUUCUGCUUCCCGGAUUUGGAUCCGAGCCUCGAGCAGCACGCCGAGGACGUCAGUUUCUCCGUCUACGACCAGAAGAACUUUACCAACUACGGCACAAGCAGUGUCGGAGGCGUCGACUCGUUCAAAAACUACUCGCAGGACGGGAACGUCGUCACCGACUCGUUCCGGCGUUACAGCCGUGACUCGGCCGAUCACGACGACGAGUUCUCCAACUACGCGACCUCAAGCAACGUCGCGGAGGAGAACUUCAACUCAUACGGACACUCUACAGCCGGAGGCAGCGGCACAUUCAGCAACUACCAGUUUGACGUCAACGACCCGACAAGCAGAUUCACCUCAUACUCCGACAGCUCCUCCCGGUCCCAGACCUUCAAGACCUACUCCCACGACGCCAAUGCAGGGCUCGGCCAAUCCUUCACCAGCUACGGCAAGCACGCUGAUGGAGCCGCGGACGAGUUCUCCUCCUAUUCCGUGUCCUCCAACGUGGUCGGGUCGGAUUUCUCAAACUAUGGCGCCGACGGACACGCAGCCAACGAGUCCUUCACCAGCUACGGAACCGACAGCAAUGAGCCGCAAAACAACUUCAGGAACUACGGCACCGACGGGAACGCGUCCACCCUGACCUUCUCCAACUACAGAGACAGCACGACCAUCGGCGACGACACGUUCACUUCGUACGCGAAAGACUCCGAAGAUGAGAAGGUCAAUUUCGUAAAUUACGGACAAAGCGUCACUCUAGGGUCUGAUACAUUCACCGGCUACGGCGAAGACGCUGAGGGGCAAAAGAUCGGUUUCAAAACCUACGAUGGCAACACCAGUUUCAAGCAUUACGCCAAAGAUGGCGUCGAGUUCGCCGAAUAUAACCAGACGACCAUGCCCCUCUCCGAUGGCAAAUCCGUGAAUAGGUGGAUCGAGCCGGGUAAGUUUUUCCGGGAGGCGAUGCUCAAGGAAGGGAAUAUGAUUCCGAUGCCUGACAUCAGAGAUAAGAUGCCCAAGAGGUCGUUUUUGCCCCGGAAUAUAUUAUUGAAACUACCCUUCUCGACUUCGAAGAUCGCCGACAUCAAACGGAACUUCCGAGCAAAUGACAACUCAACGAUGGAGAAGAUAAUAUCGGAUGCGCUCAGCGAGUGCGAGAGGCCCCCGAGCGCCGGCGAGACAAAGCGGUGCGUGGGAUCGGCGGAAGACAUGAUCGACUUCGCGACGUCGGUGCUCGGCCGCAACAUCAUACUCCGCAAUACAGAGAGCACCGCCGGAUCAAAGCAGGAGGUGAUGAUCGGGAAGGUAAAAGGAAUCAACGGCGGAGAAGUGACGAAGUCAGUGUCGUGCCACCAGAGUCUGUAUCCAUACCUGCUCUACUACUGCCACUCGGUGCCCAAAGUCCGGGUGUACGAAUCGGAUCUUCUUGAUCCGAAAACCAAAUCCAAGAUUAACCACGGUGUUGCCAUCUGUCACAUUGAUACGUCAGCUUGGGGUCCGAGGCACGGAGCGUUCAUGGCGUUAGGGUCACGUCCCGGUGAGAUCGAAGUGUGCCACUGGAUAUUCGAGAAUGACUUGACUUGGACCAUCGCCGAUUAGGAUCCGACCCGGCGGCUAAAAAAAAAAGCUUAAACCACGUGGAUGGGGGGUUCUUGUUUAUCUAUUAUUCUACUCUAAUCGUAGUGUGAUUGUAUAUCUAUAUUUCUAAUUUCUGUAACAAUAAACUCCCGUCACUGGUGAUGUUAUGUAUUAUUAUUAUUAUUAUAUCACAACUUGUCUAUCGCGCAAGUUAAUUAUAUA